CUUUGCUGAAGCAAGGUUAAAUCAACCGGGAUAUCAGCUCGUAGGUUAAUCCCACCAGGUCUCUCUUCUCUGGGAAUGAAUCGGCAUUUUUUCGCCUCGCCUGCGGUAGGUGUAAAUUAAUGAAGUCAUGGCGAACGCUCAGGGAGUAGUUAGGAGUAAGCUCCCCUCAGUGGAGAUACCGGAGAACGUGUCACUGGCAGAGUUUGUGUUGCAGAAUGCGGAGAAAUACGGAGACUUAGUGGCGCUGGUAAAUGGAGAGACGGGGCAACAGUUCACCUAUAGAGAACUCCUGCAAAACGUCCGUCGAGUAGGCAGCGGGCUCUUCAAAGCCGGUCUCCGCAAGAACGACGUGUUCUACAUCUACUGCCCCAAUGUGCCAGAGUACGCCUUCGGGUUGUUGGGUGCUUUAGCCAUUGGUGGAGUGGUCACUACCGUUAAUCCACUCUACACCGAGGAGGAAUUAGAAUACCAGCUUCGCAGCACCAAAGCGACGUUCAUCAUGACAGUGCCAGAGAACGUCAGCAAGGUGAAGGACGCGGCGCGAGAAAUAGGACACUUGAAGGUGGUGUAUGUAGUUGGCGAUGCUCCUGCCGGCACGUUUCCCUUCAGCGUUCUCCUCAACGACGACGGCAUAGCGUUCCCCUCGUUUGUCCCAUUUAACACACGUGAGGACGUGGCUAUCCUACCGUCGUCUAGUGGGACAACAGGGAUGCCCAAACCCGUCAUGUUAACACACUACAAUCUGGUGGCUAAUCUGAUGCAGAUAGACGACUCCGGGAUCUAUGCUUCCGUCACUCCAGGCAAGGACAGCUUUAUAGGCGCACUUCCCUUCUAUCACAUCUACGGCAUGGUGCAGAUAGUGUUCAAGGGGAUAGAGCAGGGGGCGAGGGUCGUUACCAUGAGGAGAUAUCACUUUGCUGAAUACGUGGAACUUACUAGUAGAUUCAGAGGUAGCGUCUUGCACUGCGUGCCCCCUAUAGUUAUUCAUCUGGCAAAGAACCCGCUGGUAGACAAGUAUGACCUUUCUUGUGUUCGAGACAUUCUAAGCGGGGCGGCGCCACUAGGCAAGAAUACUGAGAUUGCCAUACAGAAACGGCUGGGAAUAUCCAUUGGACAAGGUUAUGGACUUACUGAGACAAGCCCAGUUGUACUAGCGCCCCCUAGGGUCAAUUGCUUUCCAAGAAAGUCUGGUUCCUCAGGAAUACUGGUACCAAAUACAGAAAGCAAAGUAGUGGACCCUGAUACCAAACAGGUUCUUGGUGCCAAUCAAGAUGGCGAACUCUGGUUCCGUGGGCCCCAAGUGAUGAAAGGGUACUUCAACCUUCCUCAAGCCACUGCUGAAUGUAUUGACAAAGACGGAUGGUUUCACACAGGUGAUAUCGGGCAUUAUGACGAAGAGGGAUAUUUCUAUGUGGUAGACAGGCUAAAGGAACUCAUUAAAUACAAGGGGUUUCAGGUGGCACCAGCAGAACUCGAGCACCUGAUCCACACCCACCCUGCUGUUGCUGACGUAGCUGUAAUUGGAGUCCCGGAUGAGAUAGCGGGCGAGCUGCCCAAAGCUUACGUCAUAUUAAAACAUGACGUCACGGCUACUGCUCAAGAUAUAUCCGAUUUCGUAGCAGAGCACUUGGCGCCACACAAGCGUCUGCGGGGCGGCGUUGAAUUCGUCACUGAAAUACCUAAGUCUCCAAGUGGAAAGAUUCUCCGCCGGGAGCUCAGGAAGAGAGCCUCAAAGCAAUUAAAAGCGAAACUGUAACUAAACUGUUUGCGGUAUUAUUAUUAUUAUUGGCACCAGAUGUGUCACCUAUCAAAAUGUCAUAGUUUCGGACCUCGAAGACAACAAACUUUAUUCCAAGGGAUGCAUACAAUGUAUUGAUACUGUAUUUUUUAAUGACGGCAUAUUAGACGAGAUGUUUAAAUUCUAUAUAAAGAUAAUAAAUUGAACUGCCAUUUAUCCUUAUUGUGAAUGAAUGGACACUGGGUUUAGAUUGCACACAAAUUGAUAAGUAACGAAACAGCGAUCCA